AACCUAUGUUUAUAGAUGCACAUGUCAUCCCAGAUGGUACUGAUCCAAAUGAUGCUAAGGUGUACUUCUUCUUCAAAGAAAAACUGACUGACAAUAACAGGAGCACAAAACAGAUUCAUUCCAUGAUUGCUAGGAUAUGUCCUUGUCCAGGAGGAGCAUUUACACCCAAUAUGCGAACCACCAAGGAGUUCCCAGAUGAUGUUGUCACUUUUAUUCGGAACCAUCCUCUCAUGUACAAUUCCAUCUACCCAAUCCACAGAAGGCCUUUGAUUGUCCGUAUAGGCACUGACUACAAAUAUACAAAGAUAGCUGUGGAUCGAGUGAACGCUGCUGAUGGUAGAUACCAUGUCCUGUUUCUGGGAACAGAUCAGGGUACUGUGCAAAAGGUGGUGGUUCUUCCUACUAACAGCUCUGCCAGCGGUGAGCUCAUUCUGGAGGAGUUGGAAGUCUUUAAGAAUCAUGCUCCCAUAACAACAAUGAAAAUUUCAUCCAAAAAGCAACAGUUGUAUGUGAGCUCCAAUGAAGGGGUUUCCCAAGUGUCUCUGCACCGCUGCCACAUCUACGGCACAGCCUGUGCUGAUUGCUGCCUGGCAAGGGACCCGUACUGCGCCUGGGAUGGCCAUUCUUGCUCUAGGUUCUACCCAACUGGGAAGCGGAGGAGCCGAAGACAAGAUGUGAGACAUGGAAAUCCACUUACUCAAUGCAGAGGAUUUAAUUUAAAAGCAUAUAGAAAUGCAGCUGAAAUUGUUCAGUAUGGAGUAAAAAAUAACACCACUUUUCUUGAGUGUGCCCCCAAGUCUCCCCAGGCAUCUAUCAAGUGGUUGCUACAGAAAGACAAAGACAGGAGGAAAGAGGUCAAGCUGAAUGAACGAAUCAUAGCCACUUCACAAGGACUGCUGAUCCGCUCUGUUCAAGAUUCUGACCAAGGACUGUAUCACUGCAUUGCGACUGAGAACAGUUUCAAGCAGACCAUAGCCAAGAUCAACUUCAAAGUUUUAGAUUCCGAAAUGGUGGCUGUUGUGACAGACAAAUGGUCCCCAUGGACCUGGGCCGGUUCUGUGAGGGCUUUACCCUUCCACCCGAAAGACAUCAUGGGGGCAUUCAGCCACUCAGAAAUGCAGAUGAUUAAUCAGUACUGCAAAGACACGCGGCAGCAGCCUCAACAGGGAGGAGAAUCACAGAAAAUGAGAGGAGACUAUGGCAAGUUAAAGGCUCUCAUCAACAGCCGGAAAAGUAGAAACAGGAGGAAUCAGUUGCCGGAGUCAUAAUAUUUUCUUCCAUGGGGUUUAUGCUACUCGUAACAAAUGCUCUGUCUUCAACGAUCAAAUUUUGAGCAAAGAAUCUUGGGCUUUACUCGGGAAAUUCCUGAGAAAGAUGAUUACUCACUCCUAAAGUGAGUUUUACAUGAACUGAAAUGAGCAUGCAUUUUCUUGUAUGAUAUUGACUAGCACUAGACAUGUCAUGGUCCUCAUGGUGCAUAUAAAUAUUUAACUUAACCUAGAUUUUAUUUAUAUCUUUACUCACCUUUUCUUCGAAAUCAACAGUGAGGCUACAAAACUAGAAUUGUCACAUCCCUCAAUUGAACAAGGGCUAUAGCCCUGUGUUAUUUCUUCCAUGCUUUGGGGCUUUAGAUUUCUAAUUGUGAAUGAUUUUAUAUAUGAAAACAAAUUCCAGAAUCACAACUUUCACAUAGUAAAAGUCAUAUAAAUGCAUGUGACAGAGUGGCUA